AUGAAGUUGAUUUUUAAGUCACUGGGUACAUUACCCUUACGCCGAUUUCUAUCAACUGUACCUAAACCAUUAAAUCUUGUACAAGAAGCUGCCCUCGAAGAAUGCUGUAUUCUUGUUGAUCAACAUGACCAAGAGUGUGGCUUUGCCAGUAAACGAGAUUGUCAUAGACUAGUAAAUGGAAACCUUCCGUUACAUCGUGCUUUUAGUGUAUUUUUGUUCAAUACUAAGGAUGAACUACUGUUACAACAGCGUUCAUCAACCAAGAUCACAUUCCCCGAUCAUUAUACAAAUUCUUGCUGCAGUCAUCCGCUGUACGAGAUUGAACAUGAGCGUAAAGACAUAGAAGGUGCUAAAGCUGCUGCUUGUCGCAGACUUGUAUUUGAAUUAGGAAUUCCUACAAGUCAGUGCCAACCUAAAGACUUGCAAUAUAUCACCAGAAUAAAGUACAUGUCCAGAGGAGAUGGGACAUGGGGUGAACAUGAAAUUGAUUAUAUAUUUAUUUUACGCAAAGAUGUUUCUCUCGACCACAAUCCAGAUGAAGUGAGUACUGUCCUGUAUAUCCCCAAAUCAAAAAUGAAUAAAUUCUUAAAGAAUUUAAAUCAUCCAAUUACACCAUGGUUUGAUCUAAUUUCACAAUACGAAUUGACAAACUGGUGGGACAAUUUAAGGUCUCUGAAAAAAGUGAUGAAUCAUAAAAAAAUUAUUAGCUUUUAA